CAGCAGCAGCAGCAUCCUCAGCAACAGCAGCAUCAGUAUCCUCAGCAGCAACAUCAUCAGCAGCUUCAGCAGUAUCAUCAUCAGCAGCAGCAGCAGCAGCAGUAUCCUCAUCAGCAGCACAAUCCGUAUCAGCCGUCGCCAUUCCAUCCAGCCCAUCAACAACAACAACAACAACCGCUACUACUACCACCACCACCACCACUACUGCAACCACCACCACAGCUAUUACCACCACCACCAUCACCACAACAACAACAACAACAACCACAACCACCACCACACCAACCCUCAUGGCCUCCCUCUCAACGCGAAGGGCCCUCCAUUCUACCUCUGCCAAGCGGACCACAGCAGCAGCAGCAGCAGGAGGGCGGCAGGAGACACGGGGGUGGUGGUGGUGGUGAAGAGGAGGAGGAGGAAGAAGAAGAGCGGAGACGAGAUGCGGCGUGGGUGGAGCAGUUUGAGAGGGCCCGCUUUGGCGGGGAGACAAAGGCGGCCGGGAGAGGGGGAGAAGUGGGGAGCUUGGCGCAGGCGAGGGCGGAGGUGGUAGCCGCUGUUGGGGCCGUGCAGAAGAUGAUGGGAGCGGUGGCACUUCUGAGGAAGGAGGAUGGAGCUGCGUGGGUGGAGCAGGUGGAGGCGCUGGAGCGGAUGAGGGUGGAGUUGCGUGGAGCGGUGGACAAGGUCUGCAGCUCAGCGUGGGUGGAGCAGACUCGGAGCAAGAUGGAGGCCAGGCUCACUCGGAGGAGGUGGCGGAGGAGCUGGAGGAGGAGGAGGCGGGAGGAGGUGGAGGCGAGGGAGCAGCGACGGAGGAGGGCGACGCUGACGCUGGACGCCUGGCUCCAGCAGCGGCAGCGGCUCAGCGACAAGGCCAAGCGGGAGGAGGAGAUGCAGGUGGUGGCUGACUCUGCCGUGUCCGAGGUGAGGAGGAAGCUUGCUGACUGUGGGCGCCUCUCCUCCAUUCUCAGCGCGAUCUGUCAACUCCGCACGGCUCGCUGCCUCGCAACCACUCGCAAGGGGCUCGCAUCACCAGAGUCAUCGUCAUCAUCGUCAUCGUCGUUCCGUGUCCACGUGUCUCUCCUGCGCUCGCUGUGCCGUCGGCGGGCACAGCUCUACCGCGACGAGGAGACGGCCAUCCUCGUCCUCACGGCUCACGACGACGAGGAGGAGGAGGAGGGGGAGGAGGGGGGCGACGAGGAGGCGGAGGAGGAGGAGGAUGAGGUGGCGCUGUUCGGGAGCACAGGCCGUCAGCACCAUGCAGUCCAUCAAGUUGCAGAUUCUUCCAUCUCAGCGCUGCUGCACAUACGGGGCGAGUGGGACACGUCUGAGCCCUGCCACACUAACGUGGAGUGUCCGUGUCUGUCUAGGGGCGAGUGGGACACGCCUGAGCCGUGCCACGGUAACGUGGAGUGUCCGUGUCUGUCUAGGGGCGAGUGGGACACGUCUCAGCCCUGCCACACUAACGUGGAGUGUCCGUGUCUGUCUAGGGGCGAGUGGGACACGUGUCUGUCUGAGAACGGCUCUCCGAUUCCGAGAGGCUGGGUCCAACCUCCGCCGCCGAGCAGCCCGGCGUGGUUGACUGCACUUCUAUGA